AUGUCAACUCCAAAUGCCGGCCAAGCAGCUUCUAGCCCUGCGCCAUCGACUUCUGCGCAACCCACACAGCCACAAAUCAAUACUGCCAAUGCAAUCAACAUUGUGAACGCACUGAGCUCUCUCUUGAAGAAUAAGACAGGAGAAACAGUAGCCAACGAGCAAAUCACCCAAGCGCUGAUAUCUAAUAUGUCCUAUCUGCACGAGUUAGCGAAGAACGGGAAGUUAGACCAAAACCAAAUACUUCAGCUGAAAGCAUACGCCGAUCAGAAUCGUGUCAAGCCCCCCGCUGCCGCCACGAGUGCAUCUUCCCCUGCUCCUGCUCAUCCCUCAACGCCUGCACCAACCGCACAGCCUGGGGCAUUCAAAAAUCCGACGGACGCGCCACCACUUACACUUUCAUCGACAGUAGGAGAAGGAUACACCAUCAGCUCUACUUUGUCCACAACCAACCCAGGGCCCGUGGCAUGGGCCAGCGCACAGCAAGGACGUCCCACCUUGACGGGGGGGAUAGCCGGAGGCAGAAUGGCUGGCACUCCCGCCCAGAUCGCUAGAACUCCCGAUGACCCCACUUUGCUCACUGUGGACGAACACCGAAACAGACGGAAGACUACUCCAGGAGAUCAGAGUAUGAGGAGGUCCAUCCAGGAUCUCGUAGCGAGUAUUGACCCCAAUGUCAAGAUCGAACCUGAAGUCGAAGAUCUUCUACUAAACAUCGCGGAUGAAUUCAUAGACUCCGUAACAACAUUUGCGUGUAGACUAGCCAAGCACCGAGGGUGUGAUACUUUGGAAGUCCGCGACCUUCAACUUCAUCUUGAACGCAAUCAUAACAUCCGAAUCCCUGGAUUCGCAUCUGAUGAGACAAGACUAUCCCUUUCACAGUCUGGCGUGGCACCCGCACCUGCCGCGUCUCUGAAGAAAGGUGCCCAGGGUCCCAAUACGGGGUUGAGGGCCCACCGGAACGCACAGGUCAAUCAAGCAAAACGCGAGGCGAAGAUGUCUUGA